AUUUUGACCGAAGAACAACAGUAGUGAGUAGAGGGGUUCACGAGUUGGUCCUUAGGAAAAAACCAAAGAAACUCGGGAAACUCGCGAACAUGUUGUAAAAUAUUCCUAUCCCACCACGGGAAUUAUGCACCCAUGUUCCUUAAUUUAUAGAUCAAUGGGGUAAACACUGUUAUUUAAUCACAACACAACACACUGAACUCAACAAAGCAUUCAGCUUAGUCUAGUUUUGGUUUGUUUGUAGAAUGGGAAAACACUGUGAGGAAGAAGAGUGUGUUGGUUUCAGCUACGAUGUGUUCAUCAGUUUUAGACGUGAAGAUACUGGGAACAGUUUCAUAGGGCAUCUCCGAAAAGAGUUGGGUAGGAAGGGAAUAAACAGUUUCGUUGAUGAGAGCGAUGUGAGUACAGGGGAAGGUCCUUCACAUGCUCUGUGUGAGGAGGCCAUCGAAGAAUCUAGGGUUUUCAUCGUUGUGUUUUCUGAGAACUAUGCGUCUUCCACAUGGUGUCUUGACGAACUUGUUAGAAUCAUGGAACGCAUCGACAACAUGAACACGAAGCAACUUUUUUUCCCAGUGUUCUACCAUGUAAAUCCCUCGGAUAUACGGCACGGCAAAAAUAGCUUCCGAGAACACAUGAAGACACAUGAAGAUAAGUUUGGAAAAGAGUCGCAGAGAAUCAAGGCUUGGAGUUCUGCUUUGUCUAAAGCAGUUAACUAUUCGGGGAAGCAUAUUACUACUACCGGGUACGAAAACAAAUUUAUUGAAAAAAUUGUGAAGAAGGUUCGUAAAAGUAUAGCUCCUAAACCUUUAUCUACCGGUGAAAAUCUUGUUGGACUUGAGCCCCACAUAGAAGAGGUUAUGUCACUUUUGGACAUGAAGCCUAAGGAUAAAACUGUAAGAAUGUUGGGCAUAUAUGGAUUUGGUGGGAUUGGAAAAACGGAACUUGCCAAAGCUUUGUAUGACAACAUUGUUCAACACUUUGAUGCUGCAAGUUUUCUUGGCGGUGUCGGAGAAAAAUCAAACACAAUCAAUGGCAUGGAAGAUCUACAGAAGACACUUUUAUCUGAGAUGUUAGAGGAGUUGGAAACUAAGUUGGGAAGCACCGAGAAAGGAAUAUACGAAAUAAAACGAAAGCUUCACCAAAAGAAAGUUCUUUUAGUUCUUGACGACGUUGAUGAUAAAGAGGAGUUAGAAAAGCUGGCAGGAGGGUGUGAUUGGUUUGGUCCUGGAAGUAGGAUCAUUAUAACGACAAGGGAAAAAGAUGUGCUAAUUGCUCACCAUGUUGGAAAUAUUUAUGAAAUGAAAGAACUUGAUGAACAACAUUCUUUAGAGCUCUUUUGUUGGAAUGCAUUCGGACAAGGUUGUCCUAAACCAGGUUUUCAAGAUGUGUCCGUGCGUGCUGUGCAUUACGCCAAAGGUCUUCCACUGGCUUUAAAAGUGAUAGGCUCUGACUUAGCUACUCUUCAUGAAGAAAGUUUAGAAGCUUGGGAAGAUGCAUUGGAAGAAUAUGAGAACACUCCUCCAAAGAAAGAUAUUCAAGAUGUGCUCAAAAUAAGCUACGAUAGAUUGGAUAAUGAUGCCAAACAAGUUUUCUUGGACAUAGCUUGUUUCUUUAAAGGGGAGAGAGUAGAAUACGUGAACAAGAUACUUGACGAAUUUGGUUCAGCAUCCAAAAUAAAACUACUUGCUAAUAAAUCUCUCGUAGCUGUCGAUAAGGGUUGCCUGAAGAUGCAUGAUCUAAUACAGGAAAUGGGUAGAGAGAUUGUCAGGAAUGAAGCACCAAAUAAUCCUGGUGAACGUAGCAGAGUAUGGGAUUAUGAAGAUGUUCUUGAAAUACUAAACGAAGAUUAUGGAAGUGACAAGAUUCAAGGGAUUGUGCUUGAUCCCCCUCAGGAAGAAAAGGUAAAUUGGAGUGGUACCGAGUUUGAGAAGAUGAAAUGGCUCAGAAUUCUCAUCGUUCGAAACACAUCCUUUUCAUCUGAACUUCAACAUUUACCAAAUCAUCUAAGACUGCUUCACUGGGAGAACUAUCCUUCAAAGUCUUUCCCACCAAAAUUUCAUCCAAAGAAAAUCGUUGUCUUCAAUUUGCCUAGAAGUCGUCUAACAUUCCAAGAACCAUUCAAGAAAUUUCCGUGCUUGACUAAUAUGGACUUUUCAUAUAACCAACGUCUCAUUGAAAUACCUGAUGUGUCCGAACUUGAGAAUCUAAGAGAACUGAGACUUGAUCAUUGUAGAAACCUAAUUGCGGUCCAUGAAUCUGUUGGAUUUCUGAAAAGGCUUGCUCAUUUAAGUGUUUAUGCAUGCACAGAACUUCAAAAUUUCGUGUCUAAAAUGUUUCUACCAUCUUUAAAAGUGUUUGACAUUAAUUUAUGUGAAAGCCUUGGUUACUUCCCAGAGAUAAUGCAAGAAAUGACUAAGCCAUUGAAGAUUUCUAUGAUAAAUACGGGCAUUCAAGUGCUUCCAGAAUCCAUCGGUAAACUUAUUGGGCUUGUUUCCAUAGACAUAUCGAAUAACAGGAAACUUAAAUACCUACCAACCAGCUUAUUCAUGUUGCCAAAUGUUGAUUCCUUCAAAAUCGAAUCAUGUUCCAAACUCGGAGAAUCCUUCAGAAGUUUGGUGCAACACCCUUCAGAAGCCAAUGUUCGUCCAAAAUUACGAUCACUGAAUUUCGAAAAUGGAAACUUGUCUGAUGAAGAUCUUCUUGCAAUUCUUUGCUACUUUCCAAAAUUAGAAGAAUUGAUUGUUGCAGAGAACAAUUUUGUAUUCAUCCCUUCAUGCAUCAAGGAAUGUGGUGACUUGACUAGUCUCGAUUUGCAUGGAUGUAAAAAGCUUAAAAAAAUUCCUGAACUCACCGGCUUGAGAAUUCUUGAUGUUCAUCAUUGUUUCUACCUUGAAGAAAUUUCAGAGUUGCCGUCUACCGUUCAGAAAGUAGAUGCAAGAUUUUGUUUUAAGUUAACAAGAGAGACAUCAGAUAUGCUAUGGUGUCAGGUGAAGAAAAGGGCUGGUGGAAUAGAAAUGGUGAUGCCAUUUAUAACUGAGAUUCCAGAAUGGUUUAACUUUGUUGGGGUCGAAAGGAUUCCUCAUUUCUGGGUUCGUGGCAAGUUUCCGAACAUUGUUCUAGCCAUGAUCUUCCACUUCGAAAAUGAGAGUGAUAGGGAAAAGUUGGUUCGCCAUCGCCUUGUUGAUCUGCGUAUACUAAUCAACGGUCGAUAUGCUCCUGGGAAAGGGUACCGCAGCUAUGAAAUUGAAGCAGAACACAUCUUAAUCUGUGAUCUAGGAGUUUUUCUGAGUGAGAAGGAGUGGUUAGGGCUUGAUGUUGAGAAUGAGUGGAAUCUUGUGCAGGUUGAGUACGAAGCCAGUUCGUCCUUGAUGAUAAGUGGUUGGGGAGCGUUUGUGUAUGAAGAAAAAGAAGGAAGCAACAUGGAAGAUAUCCUCUUCACUUGUCCCAAUCCCAUGUAUUCAGACAAGAUAGCAGCGGCAACAAUUCCUGAGAAAGAUCCUAUGGAGAAGUAUAAAAAGAGGAUACGAGAGCUACGUCUGGACCAGUUAUUUAAGAAGACGUUGACGGAAUGGCAGGAGAACAGAGAAAGAGGAGGGGACAGGAGCCAUGAUGAUUGCAUGCGUAGGGCAUUGGGACAAAUAAAGAAGAUAUCAGAGGAUGCUGAGGAUGCGUUGAAUUCAAAAGGGUCAGCUUUAGAAGAUCCAAACUCCUACCUUAGGUGGCUUCUAGAUACGUCAGAAAAUGAUGAUGGAGAGCCUAAGGAGAUUAUCAAAGGUGAAUUGGCGUUGAUAGUACAAAAGAAUUCACCGACAGGGAAGAAGAAGGAUAAUGUAGGACAUGCUUCUUGCUCAAGGCAUCAGUGUAGAAUGGAGGAGGAAGAAGGGUACGAUCCUGUGGUGGAAGCCCCAAGUAUGCCUUUUUAUACUCGCGUAAUGAGAAAACGAAGAGGAAAUGAUUCAGUAGAGGAAGAUCUGCCGGAGGACAUAGUGGUGGAAUUAUUCUUAGAAGGAAUGAGGGAUGGACUUGUUGAGGCACAGAAUAAAUUUCCAUGUCUAGAUAUUGCUGAAACCAGUAACGCUGUGAUGGAGAAGGGUUGUAAUGUAAGAUGGCCACCUGAAGUAGAAGCGCAAAUGUCGGUUCAAAGUAGGAUAUACACCAUUGGAAUUUACUCUGGACUCUCAGAAGCAAUGCAGAGGUUUCCUGAUUUGGACAUGUGGGCAACGAUAAAUACUGUGGCUAAAAGGAAAGGGAUGGAAGGAAUUUUUGUAUCAGCCUCUCAAGCAAACCUAGGGUUUCCACAUUUGGAUUGGAGUACAGUGACAUUUUCUCCUUCUCAGGACCCUCUGAUGCAAACAUUCAUGAGGAUGAAGCAACAAAGUAAUUUUGAAGCCGAGGUGAUGAGUAAACUCUUGUGGAAGUUGAAGGAGGAACACCAAGCUCUGCGCAACAAACUUGCAGAACUUGAUGAUGGAAAUGAAAAUGGUGGUGGGAAAAUUGGAUAUGAUGAGUUUGUUGAGAAGAGAGAAGACAACCUUGAUGGUGUGGCAAAGUAUAAGGAGGUUAGUGUUGUUUUGAGAGGAAGAGGUGAAGAAAUAGAGAGGUUGUACGAAGAUGGUGUUGAAGGGUUGAAGAGAUCAGAGGAGUUUGAAGAUUUGAUGGGUGCAAUAUACUUGAAUGGACUGAGGGCAGGACUUCUAGAAGCACAUGCUCUGUUACUUAAUCUACUUGCUAGACACAGAAACUGAGCAACGUCUCACUGCAGAGGCUGCUGAUAAUAAAAACAUUCGCUACAAUAUUUAUUUAAGAGCAUAUGUAACAUGAUGUCGUUUCUUUGGAUUGUACUCUUUGUGCGUGAACUUUCUUCUUUUUUUUUUUUUUUUUUUUAAAUGUUCUUUCUUUGCUAAUGAUGUGUGAUCACCAAUUAAAUGUUUAAAAGGUGGGUUUUUUUA